GGGAGACAUGACAGAGAGGUACAAAAGUAUGUAUGAUAUAGUAAACAAGGAUAAGCCAUUUUCACCCUCCCAAAAUACUAGACUUAGAGGUUACCCAAAUGAAUUAGAAUCCUGGAAAAAUCAGGAGAGAGAAAUCAUUUUUAAAAUACAAGGUAUAAUUAAACUCUGGAAUUCUGUACCGGGAGCACUGAGUGGGCCUGCUUCUUAAGGUAUCUGCAGGGCUUUGUUGUGGCUAGCCACUGUGCAAACAGACUGCAAAGAUGUCAUCUGGGGGCAAGGCUUACGGUCUAACCUCAGCAGGCUUGAACACUGGCUGAAACCAACAGGAUGAUAUCCAGCAAUAAUAAAAGUAAAGUCUUAUUUUGGAGAGCUGUCGCGUGUAAGUACAGGAUAUGGACCUGCUCUCGCUCCCCCCUCCCCUCGUCUCCUCGGCUUGGGGCGAGGGGACAGCGGUGCGGCCGGCCUCUGCCCUGGCCGGAGAGAAGCGCCUCCACCGCGGCUGGCAGUUGAGGGCGCUUUAGGCCGGCAGCCCCAACGGGACAGGACGGGAACCUCCUGGGCAGGCCCUUCCCCGGAGGGACGGGACGUCGCUUCUCCCGGCCGUCUGCCCGCGGGCACCUGUUUCUCUACGGCGACGCCCCGACCUCCGACCGAGGGGUGGCGCUGGAGGGACGACGCAGCAAGCAGCUAGAACAGCCUUCUCCGGAAGGAAGUGGAAGCGGAUCGGCGGCGCUAAAGGGGGGCGCGCGUGGGGGCGCCCGGGCGCUUCGGGCCCGGCGUGGAGGAUGUCCGCCGAGCUGGAGCUGCGGUCGCGGGAGGAGAAGGACGCCGAGCUAGACAAGCGCAUCGAGGCGCUGCGGCGCAAGAACCAGGCGCUCAUCCGGCGCUACCAGGAGAUCGAGGAGGACCGGCGCAAGGCCGAGCGGGAGGGCGUCGCCGUGACCGGAGCGCGGAAGGCCCGCUCGGCGGAGGCGGCUGGGCAGCCCGAGAAACGCCGAGUGGAGACGGAGGCCGCCAGGUUCGCGGGGCGAGUCCCGCCGCCGCCCGAGGCCCGGCGGGCGCUCGGGAGGAAGGGCGCCGCCACGGGAGGCCGGGGAGAGUCGCAGCCCGGAGCCCGCCCCCCGCGAGCCGAGGCCGGCUGGGCAGGGCCGGGCGCCGAUGGAGAGGGCGGCGGGCCGCGGGGCCGAGGCGAGCGAGGCCGGAGGCCGCGGGGCCGAGCGGGCAUGGCCGGAGGCGACCGGCGGUCCCAGGAGUGGGAGGAGCGGCGGCGGCGGAACAUCGAGCAAAUGAACGAGGAGAUGGAGAAGAUCGCCGAGUACGAGCGCGGGCAGCGGGACGGCCUGCAAGAGAAGAACCCGGUCCGCAACUUCCUGGAUGACCCGCGGCGCAGUGGCACCUUCUCCGAGGCCGGCAGGCGGGAGGGCAGCCGCCGCCACGUCCGGAACUGGGGGGGUGCUGACUUUGAUAAGGUCAAGACAGGCCUGGAGCCAGAGAAAGAGCCGCCCUCGCUGGGCCGGGGCAGUGGCCGGCGCAGGGGCCUGAAGACGACCUUGGAUAUGACACUUUCCAUGACUGGCCGCGAACGGGCUGAGUACACUCGGUGGAAGCAGGAACGGGAGCAGAUCGACCGGGAUCGCUUGGCCCGGCACCGCCAGCCCACUGGGGAGUGGCGCCGAGAAUGGGAUGCCGAGAAGACAGAUCCCGUGCUGAAAGAAGGCAGCGAGCCUCGAGGCUCAUCGGUUGACAAGCAGGAGCACUCCAAGUAUCCUCCCAAACUGCCCACUUUUGGGGAGUUCGUGGUUGGGCAAUCUGGGGACCGACACCGGAAGAUUCAAGGCCGUGGGUGCCCCCGAGGGAGUCUUCCCAAGUCCUACAGCAUGCACGACAACCGGUGGGAAAAGGAGGAAGCAGACCGGACGCUCUCUGCAUCUGCAGGGGAGGAUAAGGUGGAGGCUACCUCUGUGCUGCAGACAGAGCCACAAAUAACAGCAGUGACAGAAGAGGAUGCGGAAGAGGAUGAAUGGGAGGAUGUCAGUGGGGAGGAGGAGGAGGAGGAAGAAGAAGAACCUGAAGCCAACAGUAGCCAGGAUUCUUCCUCGGAAGGAGACGGGCCUCGUCCCUCCUGCUCCCCCCUGCCCCCGAGGAAGCCUAGACAACAGCUCACCCUUCGGCCUGCUUCACCUCAAGAGGCUGCAGCCAUGGAGGGGCUGCCCGUGACCCCCUUGGGGCUAGCAGAGGGAUACGAGCCUGUGUCCGACUGGGGGGAAGAGAUGGAGAUGCGCUCUCCCCGGGCCAGCAGCAACAGCCAAAGCCUCUUGGCUGCGCUCAGGGAGGAACCGCCUGCUGGGACUUCUGGAGUGGGUUCCCUGGUACCACUGGCAGCGCAGGGAUCUCUCCCCAUGGACCCCCCAGCAGGAGGGGCAGCUUCUGUUGCACCCAGAGCCCCCGAGGCAGAGAUAAAAAUGGAUGCAGAAAUGCCCGAGCCCAAAGAGGUGGCUGGCCAAGCAAGGUGGAAGAAGGGGGAGCCUUUGGAGACGGAGGCACCAGAGGCUGCCCCCUGACAGUUCUUUUCCAGAGCUGCUUGGAAUGCAGCUGGCAGCCUGCCGAGAACUUGAGCCAGACCAUCAGAGCUGCUGGAUACAGUUGUGACACACACAUGUGUUCUGCAUAUUUGUGGCACUCUUGAACAUUCUCCAGAGUUUGGGUUAAGCCAGCCAGCCACACACCCCAAUUCCCCCAUCACCCUUUAGUGCUCUUAACACACAAAUCAUGGACAAAUGGAGCCUGCAGCUCUGCUUCCAAACCUUCUGCAAUCUUUCUUGGAUGGGAAAAGUAGUGUCCUCCCUCCAGCCCAGUCUUUUGUAUAGGAGGGGUGACCUGGGCCCUGGGAGAGAGUGAGGCCCUUCCUGUCACAGGCUUCUCCAUUAUCAUGUACGAAGUAAAUAAUUUCUUGA